AAUCGUCAUAUAGCUUAAACAAAAAUUAAUUUAGAAUUUAGUAUCGUCAAAAAAAUAAAAUUUCUAUUAGAUUUCUAUCGACAUACGUCAAUAAAAUAUCACUAAAUGAAACUUUCAAAAAGAUUCAAUCGGAUCUAAAAAGUGAACGCGAUAUUGCAAAAUUUUAUGAUUGGUCAUUCCAUAGCAGAUUUUGUCCAAUGUGGUACGCCAUACCUUUUUUAGAGAUCUUUGAAUUAAUAAAAAUUGUGAUAUUUCCCUGAAGUUAUAUGUACUAACCUGCUAACCUUGAAAGUAAACGGAACGACAAAUAAUUAUUAACUGACAGCAAUGGCAUGCAAUCUAUUCUAUAUGUGACGUCAUCACAUCAAUGAUGUGAAUAUAGUGACUCUCAUAUCAUUGGUUAUACAUUUACCGCGACGAAUGCGUAAUUUUAAAGUUGGUUAUAAUCGAUAUUAUAUUGUGCGUAUGUACAAAUCUAUAAGUAAUUAUUAUUUAAAUACAUAUACGAGUAUUGUAAUCUUCCUUAUUACAAUUUAUUUUUUGUGUUAUUGUAUUUAAUUCAAUGAACUUUUAACGAUAUUAAUAUAUACUAUAUUCAAGAGUAGUCAAUACCUAUUGAUAAAUACAUAUUUACAUCAUCUACUCAAUUAUAUUACUUAAUUAGACCUGAAAGUAAACACUUAUUUAAUUUAGUACUACUUUGUAUUCAAUAAACUAAAUACAAUAUAAUAUAAAUAUACAUCAGUUGCUUUUUAUGAUCAACGGCGACGAAGUUGUAUAUAAUAGGCAAUAUAAUUUGCAUGAGAUAUUAACCGCUAUUCUUUUUUUUUUUAUGUAAAUGCAUGUCUACUUUAUUGUAUAAAUAUGUGGAAUUGUGAGAUUUAAAUGUAUAUCGUAAUAAGCACAGUGAUAUCGAAUAUGAGAGAUACUAUGUAUAACCUCUUGUAAGAUGUACAUCAUGUAUAUGCAUUUGAUUAAUUUAUAUAGUCGGUUACACUGAUAGUUUUGAACUAAUCAAAAAACCGCAUACGACUUUAUAUUGUAUAAUGACUACUUUAAGUGGUUUCAUGGAAUUUUUCCAAAAGGGAAAGACUUUUAGACCAAAGAAAAAAUUUGCUCAUGGAACAUUACGUUAUUCUUUACAUAAACAAGCUCAAGCUUCACUUAAUUCAGGAAUAAACUUAAGAUCUGUAGUCAAAUUACCACCAAAAGAGGAUCUCAAUGAUUGGAUUGCUGUUCAUGUUGUAGAUUUCUUUAAUAGAAUAAAUCUUAUAUAUGGUACUAUAUCUGAAUAUUGUGAUUCUGCGUCAUGUCCAACAAUGAGCGGUGGAGCACGUUUUGAGUAUUUGUGGGCAGAUGGGGAAAAAUAUAAGAAGCCAACUGUUCUUCCUGCUCCUCAAUAUGUUACACUUCUUAUGGAUUGGAUAGAAGUACAAAUAAAUAAUGAAACUAUAUUUCCUGUGUCAACAGAUGUACCAUUUCCAAAAACAUUUGUACCAUUAUGUCGUAAAAUUUUAACUCGUCUCUUCAGAGUGUUUGUUCAUGUAUACAUUCAUCAUUUUGAUCGUAUAGUAGCUAUAGGAGCAGAAGCACAUGUAAAUACAUGCUACAAACAUUUUUACUAUUUUGUAACAGAAUUUGAGUUAAUAAAUAUAAAAGAAUUAGAGCCAUUAGCUGAAAUGACUGCUAAAGUCUGCAAAGAUACAGCUUCACCAACACAAGCAACUGUGCCAUCAAAUAAUCAUACGAGAUAGUUAUAUGGACAUUAUACUGUAGACUAAACAUAUAAUCUCCAAUAUGAAUGAAUAUGAACAAAAGAAAAAAUGUGUGCACAUUUUUUUUUAUGAAUCUCAAAAAAUUUAAUUGUAUAUUAAUUAAAUUAAUAUUCAUGAUGCAUAAUAUUAAGAGUGUUAUAACUCCUAGUAAUAAUUGAAGUGAUGUCAUAAAUAAAUUAUCCUUGAUAUUAUGAAAUUAAAUUUUAUAUGUAAUAAUUUUGUAAAUAUUUGUAUGUCUUAUAUUUUAAUUAUAUAUAUUGUCUGUGUAUCGUAUUUAAUAUCAUAUGUAAGUAAAAAUUAAAUUCCUAUAAACUAUAUAAAAUAUUUUUUGGAUUAUUUAUGUAUAGCUUUAUAUUUUUUAUAAUUUUAUUCAUUUGAGAUAUUAUAUUAUUAAAUGGUUUAUAAAUACACAAGCAAAUGUCUAUCACAGGAAUUUAAAAGCAACAAAUAGUGUUGUAAUGUAUUGGCAAAGUAUGAAGUGAUGCUUAAUUUAUAAAAGAAAUUAUAGAAAAACUUAUGAAUUAAAAAAUAAAUGAUAUUUAUUAUAGAUUUA